UGUGAUAGUGAGAACAUGUGGACGCUUCCAGACGCCAUAAACACACAAGGCAUCAAAUCACACGCUGUAAAAAUAGCAGCAUGUUCUAAAUACAGAUGAGCUGUAAACAAGCAGAUAAACCUGGAAAGAAACGCAGAGGAGCUGCUCGCAGCCGCAGCAUCAGUUCCCAUCAUGAAGGCAGACCGGUUCGGCAUUGACAUUCCCGUGUACGACCUCUCACUGAUCCGACAGAUGUGGGAGGGACGCGUGAAGAAGUACAAACAGCGGCAGAAGAAGGAGGAAGAGCGGAUCAGUAAAAGUGCUCUGGCCAAGGUGAAUCAGCAGUGGCAGUAUCGCAUCGCGUGCAGGAAGCUGAAGAGCGCUGAGGUCACGGCGCUGCAGUGUUACCUGGACAGAUCCACGCUCAGCCAAAUACACAUCCUGCCCACCGAGAAUACAGACAAUGAUGCCGACAAGAAGUUCAUUUUUGAGCUGAAUGGAAAAAAUUGGAUGAAAUUACCUGAAGAUCUUCAGUACAUGACUUAUCUCAAGGAAUGGCACAUCCAUGGGACCAGGAUUCCCGAGAUUCCCACUUACAUCGAGGCAUUUGUGGAUCUGCAAGUGCUGGACGUCCCGAAAAACGGACUGACGAAGCUUCCUCCUGAAAUAGGGAAGCUGAUCAACCUCAGGGAAUUACGUGUGAAUUAUAAUAAACUGUUACGCAUUCCACCUGAACUCGGAGAAUGUGAGAAUCUGGAACGAUUAGAGAUGACAGCAAACGGAAACCUGGCCGAGCUUCCCUUUGAGCUGAGCAAUCUCAAAAAACUGAAGCACUUGGACGUGGCAGAGAAUCAGUUUGCCGGUAUUCCGGUCUGCGUGCUUCGCAUGGAAAGCCUGAAGUGUUUGGAUAUCAGCAACAACAGACUCAAAGACCUGCCGGAGGACAUCGACAGGCUCGAGGCAUUAGAGACGCUGUUCCUUCACAGAAACAAAGUGCGAUACGUGCCGAUGACCAUGACGAACCUCGUACAUCUGAAGAUGCUGGUCAUCAGCGCAGACGAGCUGUACAGCAUCCCGUCACAAUUAAUCGACAAUCCUAAUAUCAAAUUAAUCCGAUUAUACGACAAUCCCAUCAACACUGAGAACGAAGACAUGAGCAUGGACUCAGAAGCUCAGGAGGGCCGUGACAAGGAGUUCAUGAAGACAUACAUCGAAACCCUUCAAGACAGAGACACUCAGCCGUCGUACACCACUAAAGUCUCCCUGAGCUGCCUGCUGUAGAACCGGAUGAACAUCUGCUUCACGACUGACUGAGAUCAGUGUGUUCUGAACACUUCCACUGGAGUCUGUUUAUUAGUUUUCAUUCCGAGUUCAAUUAAAACUAAAACGCAGGUUACACUGGAUGCCACGUUGAGAAGCUGUUAGUAUCUAAAAGUUUCUUUUGUAGGAGCGUUUACUAUUAUUGAAGAAAAACAGCUGGCAGUUAGUAGAGCUGAAGAUCAUAUUUUCCUUUUUGACUGCAUUUAUCAUUCUUACUAGAUAAGAUCUGAUCCCAGAGCCAUUUUGAUUUGGUUUUCUGUGAAGAUUUCCAUUGUUUAGUUUGUUUGAUGUGACCAAACGUUUCACAGCAUGACAUUGAACCUUUUUCUGUCUGGAAGUCAAUAUUUUAUAAGAGUGCCGUUUUAAUUUAUUUCAGUUAAAUAAAUUGAAUUCCCAAUUUCCUAUUUUGCCUUCAGUCAUAAAAUUCGACAUGCAAACACGUGCACUUCUCUGUGGAUGUGAAACAUUAUAAAACCAAUCCCGGAAUAUGAAGUGGUUUAUUGAAACAUUGACCAAUGAAUAUCUCAAUGAACACUUGUAGCAAACAUGCUUAAUGUGCAUUAAAUGCAUUAAUAAAAUCUCAUCUGAAGGCAUCUACAAACCAGUCUUCAAGGAAUGGCUGCAUAGACGAAGAAUGGCACCUAGAGCCGAAACAUCAUUAAAAAACAAAGUGCAGUUCAUCGGAAAACACCUAAAAUAACUUUUAGUGGGGUAAAGAUCUUCUGGAGUCAGUGUGCAUUGGUCUACAGCACCGAUUGCAUAAAUAGAAUCACAUCUACACUUCUGCUUGGACAUCAUUUUCAAGUAUGCAUCAUAUUCAGGUCCCCAGAAUUGGCAAAUGAAACGUUUCCUCUGCUCUGUGCUGCUCAAAAACAUCAAAUGUGCAUUAAAAAAAAAAGCAGAAAUCCUCAUGGAUUCAGGCUGUUAUUGCUGCAGUGUGUUACAUGAUAAAAUGCUAUCAGUUAUAUAUGCGUAAUGAACUUCGAGGAUUGUUUUACUCUGCUUUUAACAUGCAAAAAAAAAAAGACAUUUUUAAAAUAAAAUAAAAUAAAUGUCAGUAAGAGGAAGCAACGAUAAAUCAAUAAAGCUGUU